UCUAAAUUCCUGCUGUCAAAUGGCAAGCUUCUGGGUUGUUGACAUGAACUCGUAGCCUAUAUGCUAUUUCAACAGUUUACAAUUUUCACGAUUUUUAGUAUUCAAUCUAUCAUGUAUUUUUUAUAACAUUUACAGCGGACAUGAAUUCUGCUAUUGAAGCACACUGUUCAGAGCUGGUGGCUCGCGAGAGAAGCGGACACACAGCUUUAGUGGAGGGGGACCAACUGUAUGUCUGGGGAGGCUACGUGUCAAUUGCUGAUGAUGAAGUAUUCCUACCCAAUGAUGAAAUCUGGGUGUAUGACAUAGAAAGAGGAGCAUGGGAAAUGUUUCAGAUGUCCGGCGAGGUACCGCCCUCCAUGUCUGGCACCUGUGGCUGCUCUCUCAAUGGAGACAUGUACAUAUUUGGGGGUUGUGAUGACAAUGGACAAACAAAUCAGCUUUACUGUGUGAACCUGCUAGAUGGUCAGUACUGUUGGAGAAGGAUGAUUCAUGAGAGUGGCUCCCCUCCCUCUCCCAGGGACAAGCUGUCCUGCUGGGUCUACACUGGAAGGCUAAUUUACUUUGGAGGGUACGGUCACAAGCAGCUGAGAGACAUUGACAACAACAACCGAAGCUUCAUUCUGGAUGAGGCCUCAUGGUUGGCACCCAUGGUUGAGGAUGUAUUCUGGGGAUGGAACAAUGAGGUCCACGUGUUUGACCCAACAGCAGCCAACUGGAGUGAACCCCGCACUAGUGGUCGUGCCCCCGCGCCCCGGGCAGCUCACGCCAGCGCUACUCUGGAGCACAGAGGAUACGUGUGUGGGGGGAGAGUCAUGGAAACCAGGACCAGCGACAUCCACUGUCUAGAUCUGAAGACAUGGACGUGGACGGAGAUUGUACCAGUCUCCACAGUACCAGUAGGACGGUCUUGGCAUACUAUGACUGCAAUAUCAGAUAGAGCUCUCUUCCUCUUUGGUGGAUUGAGUGUGGAGUGCAAGCCAAUGAGUGAUGGCUGGGUGCUGGACGUCGAAACAAAGAAAUGGAGAGAGAUCAAACAUCCCUACCAAGAGAAACCACGGUUGUGGCACACAGCGUGCCUUGGCAGGGACUCUGAUGUCAUCGUCUUUGGGGGAAGCUGUGACUUCAUCCUCCUUGUUGACAAGGGUCACUGCAAUGACGCACUCGUUUUCCAGAUACAGCCUCAUCCCCUCUUUAGGUUAUGCGAGGACUACAUCGCAAAGAAUAUAAAGUCAAGCAAAACACUUCAGAAAAGGUUCCCUCUGCUGCCCUCCAAGCUGCUUCAGGAUGUCCAGAGACGAAUGACUUUCUAUAGAACCUCAAAAAAGAAUGUCAAUUAAUCCUACAUGCUACAGAUAGUUUUAGUUCAGUAUAGCAUUCUGCUUUGUACAUGCAGUUUUAUUUAUUAAUUAUCUUUUAUUAAAUGGUGAGUUUGUA